GUUUACCUGUACCUGAAAAAGUAUAAGAGGUGACAUCUGUGGAACUAGUAUACACAUCUUCCACUCUCCUCUUGCUUUGAGAAUAACUUGGACACACACCAACUACCGUCCCACCCAACUCACAGGUAACCACAGCGAUGAAGGUCCUCUCUAUCUGCCUGCUCGUCAUCAUCACUUCUCUGGCUGGACUGGCUCAGAGUCGCAGACUGCGCCUGGGAGGCUGCUCUGUGGGCGCCCACACCAGCGAACUGCGCAGACAUUACAAUGCAAUGCGCCCGGAUGUGUUAAGAAGAGACACUGAGAUAACGGUGAGGUUUCUGAGGCUGCCAACACUAAGAAAUGUUGAGGAGGGGCAGUCCUGCUGUUUUCUGCAGUUGCUGCUUCGCUUCUACAUUGAGAGAGUGUUCAGCAGUUAUUCUUCUUCUGGCUUGGAGGAUCAGAGAUCAGCCAGUGCACUCGCCAAUGCUUUCUUCAGCAUCCGAAGAGAGCUUAAACCCUGUAACUGCCAGUGCACAGAGGAGACCCAUAGGCUCAUGGAUUCUGUCCAUUCAGAGUUUAUAAAGCUGAACGUGACGCUGGCAUCUGUAAAGGCAGUGGGGGAGCUGGACACUAUGAUGGACUGGAUGGAGAGCUUCAGACAGCCACAUCAAACUGGCCUCCUGAUGCGCUGAUGAAGACCGCAAUAGUUGUUUUGUUCUGUGUUAGCUUGCAUCUUACAUUUCUCUUUAGUUGAUACUAUAGUUGAUAUUAAGUUAUAUGGCAUAUUACUUUUGUAUUUAUGAUUUUGUUUAUGAAUAUUUAUGAACAGAAGACUUCCCUUUGAACUGUAAACAGGAAGUUUAACUUAUUCCAUCUUUUUUAAUAUUUAUAAUAGCAAACAUAUUUUUUUACACUAAAAUUGAUA